UAUAACACGGUGGGCUUUGGUAUUUUGUAGGCACAUUUUCCUCAUUUAUUCCACUCAAUUGCGUUGUGUGCUUCCCCUGCCUCGCUGUAGUUUGUUCUACCAUGGCUGCUCUUUCGUUGUUACUUUCAGUGCUUUCCUUAUUUUUAUUCUCUGCUCUUCCUCUUUCUCCUCAGCAACAACAACUGCUCUUGCAAUUUAAAGCUGUUGUUUCCAACAACGGCAAUUCUCUGCCCAAUUGGAUUCCCCUUAACCCAUUCUGCAACUGGUCCGGUGUUAUUUGUCACCUCUCUUCUAACUAUGUUCGUGCCAUCAAUUUAACCCAGAGGACUUUAGACGGCACCAUUUCUCCUGUGCUGGGGAAUCUUUCAUCUCUUCGAUCAAUAGAUCUCUCCUACAAUAACCUCACUGGUACAAUUCCUUCUCAACUCGGCCAACUCCGACAUCUACGGAUACUCUGGCUGGACAACAAUCAAUUACAAGGAUCCAUUCCACCUACUCUGUCUGCCUGCCGCAGUUUCUAUUUUCCGGCACCAUCCUAUAACCAAUUGCAUGGUACCAUUCCCCCUGAGCUAAGUCUUCUCACAAGUUUGAAGUACCUCUACUUGGGCUCAAACAGUCUCACGGGUACAAUUCCGCUCUCUUUCAAAAAUAUGUCCGCUUUAGUUGAAUUGGACAUGACAGAAAAUAACUUAUCGGGCAUCCUUCCUAGCUCUUUAGGAAAUCUAUCUGCAUUGACUUUACUCAGUUUGGCAGAAAACCAUCUCCAAGGCCCCAUUCCUCCUGAAUUGGGAAUGCUCACUCACCUACAGAUGCUUUAUCUGUUUGAAAAUAACUUAUCAGCCACCAUUCCCAGCUCUUUAACUAAUCUCUCAAAUUUGAAUGCAUUAGGUUUAUCUGAAAACCAGAUAAGUGGACAUAUUCCGUGGGAAAUUGGUACCAAGCUCUACAAUUUGGAAUUACUUAGUUUACGGGGAAAUCAGCUUACUGGAAACAUACCAAAUUCCUUAGGAAAUUGUUCCAGUCUAGAGGAAAUUUAUUUAAAUCAAAAUCAACUAACUGGAACGGCUCCCGUGGAGCUGGGAAAGUUGAACUUUCUUCCCCGGCUUAUCCUACGCAACAAUCAACCUGUUAGUGACAACUGGAACACAUUGGCCUUUCUCACUGCUCUCACAAAUUGCUCCCACUUGCAAAAAAUAAUCAUUUCAUAUAAUAAUUUCAGUGGUAUAUUGCCCCCAUCCAUAGACAAACUGUCUUCCAAUCUCCAAGUCUUGGGUUUACAUGUUAAUAUGAUAAGCGGGAGCAUACCACCACAGAUUGUCAAUCUAACAAAAUUAACCUUCUUACAUUUAGGCAAUAAUCUUUUCAAUGGCAAUAUUCCAUCUGGAUUUAAAAGAUUCCGUCAGUUGGAAAGAUUGGAUUUGGGUGGUAACAAAUUAGAAGGAAGCAUUCCGAGCGAGAUAGGCCAAAUGCAACAUCUCGGACUUCUAGAUCUUGGUCACAACCAAUUAUCUGGAAAAAUACCAGAUUCUCUUUGUAGCUGCCAGCAGCUAAGACGUGUUUUUCUUCAGCACAACAAGUUAUCAGGAAAUAUCCCUGUUAGUCUGGGGGGAUGUCAAAACUUGGAGGUCCUCGACUUAUCUUAUAACAAACUAGGGGGGAGGAUGCCUGGCGAAGUCAUUGCCAGCCUUAAAAACCUGCAAUUCUACCUUAAUCUUUCAUGGAAUUCUCUGCAAGGGUCCAUUCCACAUGAGAUGAGUAAAAUUGUUAUGGUUCAGAACAUAGAUGUAUCUGGAAAUCAACUUACUGGGGCCAUUCCAAUUUCUGUAGGAGACUGUAUAGCAUUAGAGCAUCUAAAUUUGUCUCAUAACGCCUUUGAACGUCCAAUACCUGGUUCACUCUCGAAAUUAAAAAAUCUUGAAGAAAUGGAUCUUUCUUUCAAUAAUUUCUCAGGGCAGAUUCCAGAAGGAGGGUUGUUUCCAAAUAGAAGUGUUGAAAUGUUGUUAAUGGGGAACCCUGGCCUAUGUGGCCCCAGAAAUUAUUCUUUGCCUCCAUGCCAAAAUCAGAGCCAGAGAAAAUGUUCCCUACACAGAAAAAUAGUCUUAUCAAUUGUGGGAACCAUUGCAUUUAUAUUAUGCUGCUUCAUUAUAGGAGUGCUAUGGAGGCGUAAGUUUUCAAGGCAGCUAGUCCGUCCCCCAAGCUUUAUUUUCCCAGGGCUCGGCUAUCCCAAAUUUUCUUAUCAAGAUCUUGUCAUUGCAACAUCUGCGUUUGAUGAGUCAAACUUGCUUGGAGUGGGUAAUUUUGGAUCUAUCUACAAAGGCAUCUUGAGGGAUGGUAGGGUAAUUGCCAUCAAGACUCUUAAUUUGCAAAUUGAAGAAGCUCUUAAGAGUUUGAAGAGAGAGUGCAAAUUGUUAGGGAGGAUUCGGCACCGUAACCUCAUCAGAAUUAUAAGUGCAUUUUUCUACCCUGACUUGAAAGGCUUGGUUCUUGAAUUUGCAUGUAAUGGGAGCUUGGAAAAACAUUUGCACCUUGACAGGGAUGUUCAAGGCUUUUGUAAAUUGGGAUUGACUGAGUGUUUGAGCAUUGCUCUAGAUGUAGCACACGGCAUCGAAUAUUUACAUCAUGACUGCCCUCUACAAAUUGUGCACUGUGAUUUAUUUACAUCAUGACUGCCCUCUACAAAUUGUGCACUGUGAUUUAAAGCCCAGCAAUGUACUCUUGGAUGCCAACAUGGCAGCCCUUGUGACCGAUUUUGGUAUAUCCCGUUUAGUUGGUACUCCAAACUCCAUAGAUUCAAUUAGCACAGCAACAUUUGCACUGAAAGGAUCAAUUGGAUAUCUUGCUCCAGAGUAUGGAUUGGGUGGGGAUGUUUCUAUUAAGGGAGAUGUUUAUAGUUACGGAAUUCUGAUAUUAGAGAUGGUCACAAGGAAAAGGCCAAGCGAUGACAUGUUUGUGGGAGACAUGAACCUGCGAAAGUGGGUGAGCUCAGCUUUUCCAAACAGACUGGCCGAAAUUGUUGAUUGGGAGCUAUUCAGAGAUGUGAAUGAAAGCAUGGAUGACAAUAGAUGUCUCCUUUCUUUCAUUCAUGUUGGUUUGCUUUGUAGUAGUGAAUCACCGAGAGAACGACCUUCAAUGAGAGAUGUAGCCAACAGCUUGGAGAGCCUGAAGACAUCUUUGAUGGGAAGUGCAUCUACUUCCAAUUUAAAAUGUACCAUAUCAGAACUCCUGGUCAAUACCAAUCUCACAGGAACCGAGGAAUGUGACAGUCAAAGUUCUACAUUUUAGAUGUUUAUAACUUCCAUUGCGAAGUUUUAGUCCUUCGUGUUUGGUAGUUUCAACUUUUUAUUCCAUCAUAAGCUAAUCCACCUCAAGUUAAAUUUAGUUCUGUGAGCUUAUCAGUUGUUCUAAUCUUUUUGUUUUCAUUAGACUAGCUUGAGAAAGUAUGGUGUUGU